AAAGUAAGCAGCAGCCAUGGAGGGAUCCGCCGCUGCAGCGCCGCUCCGCACGCGCGUGUGCAUCAUCGGGAGCGGCCCGGCGGCGCACACGGCGGCCAUCUACGCGGCCAGGGCAGACCUCAAGCCCGUGCUGUUCGAGGGCUGGAUGGCCAACGGCGUCGCGGCGGGCGGGCAGCUCACCACCACCACCGCCGUCGAGAACUUCCCGGGCUUCCCGGGGGCCAUCAUGGGCGGCGACCUCAUGAAGCGCUGCCGCGACCAGUCCCUGCGCUUCGGCACCAAGAUCGUCGCCGAGACCGUCGCCGCCGUCGACUUCUCAGCCCGCCCCUUCCGCGUCGUCUCUGACAAGGCCACGACCGUCCUCCUCGCCGACGCCGUGAUCGUCGCCACGGGCGCCGUCGCGCGCCGCCUCAGCUUCCCCGGGUCCGACGCGUACUGGAACCACGGCAUCUCCGCCUGCGCCGUCUGCGACGGCCCGGCCCCGAUCUUCCGUGACAGGCCCCUCGCCGUCGUGGGCGGCGGCGACUCCGCCAUGGAGGAGUCCAGCUUCCUCACCAAGUACGGCUCCCGCGUCUACAUCGUCCACCGCCGGAGCACCUUCCGGGCUUCCAAGAUCAUGCAGGACAGGGUGCUCAGGAACCCCAAGAUCCAGGUCGUCUGGAACUCGGUGGUUGUCGAGGCCUUUGGCGGCGCAGACGGCGACGGCGACGGCGGCCGGCGGCUGGCUGGCGUCAAGGUCAAGAACCUGGUGAGUGGUGAGGUGAAGGAUCUUCAGGUGGCUGGUCUCUUCUUCGCCGUCGGGCACACGCCGGCGACGGAGUUCCUGGGUGGGCAGCUCGAGCUGGACUCACCGUCUGGAUACGUGGUCACCAAGCCGGGCUCCACCCACACCAGUGUGAAGGGGGUCUUCGCUGCCGGCGACGUGCAGGACAAGAAGUAUCGCCAGGCCAUUACUGCCGCUGGAUCAGUUACUUGUGGAUGUUGCAGGGUGCAUGGCCGCUUUGGAUGUUGAGCAUUAUCUGCAGGAGGUCGGUGCACAGGAGGGGCAAAUCUGAGUGUCUGAUUGACUAGUUCAGUUGACGGUGCUGAAAUAAUAAGUUGCAGUCUUAUGAGCGGUAUGCCGUUGACUGUCAUGAUUGAAAAUAAAACCUGAAUAACCACACUGCUUAGUAGCACACUAUUCUUCUCAUUAUGGUCGUCUAAACUCUAAACUUAUAGUGAUGUACUGGGAACCAGUUCGUGUUUACCGGCUAUGAACGUAUCAUUUAGAUA